GUGAUUGGAACAAACGAACUGCUUUAGCUUUGAGUGAGUGAGCGUACGAGCGAGCGAAAGAGAUAGUCUGUCGGUGUUUUGGAACGGUGUCGGUUGUGUUGAAAUUGAGUGCCAAAAGUAUUUCUUUGAAACAAUUGUAAAGUGUUUUUGGAGUUCACAAUGUCGGAUGAAAUAGCCGAAAAUGGAACAGCUAACGGAGACGUCCCAGAAAUCGAGCUGAUUAUAAAGGCAUCGACUAUCGAUGGACGACGGAAGGGCGCGUGUCUGUUUUGCCAAGAGUACUUCAUGGACCUAUACUUAUUAGCGGAACUUAAGACAAUCAGUCUAAAGGUGACGACAGUGGACAUGCAGAAACCACCGCCAGAUUUCCGCACCAACUUCGAGGCGACGCACCCGCCCAUACUGAUCGACAACGGGCUCGCGAUACUGGAGAACGAGAAGAUCGAACGGCAUAUCAUGAAGUCCGUACCAGGAGGACACAAUCUUUUUGUACAGGACAAAGAAGUGGCCUCCCUGAUCGAGAACCUGUACUCGAAGCUGAAGCUGGUGCUGGUGGGCAAGGAUGAGCACAAGUCGGCCGCGUUGCGCGCCCACCUCGGCCGCAUCGACGCGCUGCUGGAGCGCCGGGCUACCAGAUUCCUAACGGGUGACACGAUGUGCUGCUUCGACUGCGAGCUGAUGCCGCGGCUGCAGCACAUCCGCGUCGCCGGCAAGUAUUUCGUGGACUUCGAAAUCCCGACGAGUUUCCGCGCUCUCUGGCGCUACAUGCACCACAUGUACCAACUAGACGCGUUUACCCAAAGCUGUCCCGCCGACCAGGACAUCAUCAACCACUACAAGCUGCAGCAGUUGGCGGCGGGCGCGGGCCUCAAGAGUGCGCCGCGGCUGCGCUCCUCCGCGGCGCUGAAGAUGAAGAAACACGAAGAACUCGAGACGCCCACGUUUACCAUCUCCAUCCCCAUCGACGUGAGCGAUCUCAACAACGCCGAGUAACAGCGCGACGUGCGAGCGAAAAUGAGCCUUGGUACAACUUACAUUAGGCAGAAAAUUUGAUGAACCACCGUGUUGUUUAGCAUCGAACGCGUGCUUUUUAUGUUGCAUUUCUCGCAUUGUCGAUUAUUUAAUCGUCUAAGGCCGUCCAUAAGUCCAAUAAGAUUCGUAUGUUUUCACUUCGAUCUUUCGGCACAUGAGAUUCGCUCUGAAGUUGCUUGGGGUGGCAGUUUCACGUAUUACGUAAAGUGGCUGAACGCAACUUUAGAGCUGUGGCUAUUGACACUCAAAUUGUCAUUUGUUUUCUAAAAUUUUCUCUGCAGCCUUGUAAAUACAGAACACAGAAAUAGGUAAGGAGGGACUUGUUAGCGGGGCAGGCGCGCCACAGUUCUGUGUGACCAAGUACUCAUAACUUGACCAAAUCUUGGUUCUGAUUGCGUCGUUGAUCUCGUGUGUGAGCGCUGAUUGGUUCGAUUGUUUGAUGUCGCAUCAUUUGAUAGGCUAUUAUCUAUUAGGUAGAAGUGUAGUGGGGCGAGCCGGCGACAUCGGUUCUCGUACAAUGUCUCGGUCUAUGAUCACCUUUCUUGCCUCUUUCUGUGUUCUGUGUUUAUUUUGUACCGAGGACUUAUCUUCCUUCACUUUGCUCCGUGUGAUACAAUUCCGCUCCUCCCUCGUAUAAACCAGAUGGAAAGAGACACUAAUAUAUUUUUGUAAAUUUGUAGUCUUUUAUGUUGGGUAAUCUGUGACUUGGGAUGUAUAGUAUGUAUGGUGCAAUUAAAUUGUUAUACUUAACACCUGUUAAAUUUGUGAGCUGUUUUGCAAAAGAUUUUGGAUUUUCUAAAGGUUCAAGCUUUUAAAAAUGUUGAUCAACACUAUCCAUACUAAACUUCUUACAUAAACAAAAAUGGUGAUAUAUAAAAGAAAGUUAUCAGUGCUUACGGCUGACAGUUAAGUUUUGCAAUUGAUAAAACUUUGAUUUUGUCCUUUUUUUAGAAGCAUCUGGAUUGUGAGUAAUGUUGGAAUAUAAAAUGUGAGGGGUGAUUGUGGCCAUUAGUUUUGGUAAAGCAGUUUUCAAAACUGCAUUCAUUAUUUAUAUAUUCAUAUCGUCGAAUUGAUGUUCUAUACCGGCAGAGGUGCUGAACAAAUUAAGUGAAAAAUUGUGGUAGCCGAUUUAUUGUUAUAAUUUCGCAGUGUACCUUUUUACAGUAAAAACGAAACAUAGAACCUUGGUGUACUAGUACUUAGAAUAGUUUCAGUGUUCAAACACAACGAAUAGGCGAUCAGUAAUAAUGUAUUUUGUAUUAUAUAUUCACAAUAGAUAUAAGAUUGGUUUACAGUAUUCAUUUUUAUUUUGUUCUUUUUUUUGGAGACCUUAUAAUUUAGUGUUUAGGUUAGUAGUAGAUAUACAAUUUCACCGCCAUUUUGUUUUUAAUGCCUCUGCCUUAAUUUUAUCGUCCACCAAUUCUAAAUUACAAUAAAUUAUAUUUAAUUAUAUACCAGUUAGUAGCAUUUUGAUAGUGCUCUUGCCUGCCUCAAGGUUACCUUUUAAAGGUAGAUUUACUAUAAGUACUUAUGUCCUUUUAUUAUAAAAUACAAAAUAUUCGUUAAUUUGUUAUUUACGUUUUUUAUUUAUACAUAUUUGUGAGGAUUACAAUAGAAUGUUACUAAGUGAGGCUUUAAGUUGGACCACCUAUAUAAAUGUAGAUGUUUUUGCAAUUUCUAUAUUUCGUAUUAUUUUUCCGAUAUUAUUAUAAUGGUAUUAGAAAAGUAUUUACAUAAUUGACACAGUACACACAACAGAGACAAGGGCGAGAGACGAUCAACAUGUCGAUUGGACAAUGUAUAAAAUAUUAACUAGAUUUUAAUGUAAAUGUUAAGAAAUAAACCUGGA